CCAUGAUACGGUAGAUAAGGGCGAAGGAACACAACCACUUGUGGCUCUUGGAAACGUAGUUACCACAAAAAUGGUUACGACAACCUUUACGUUUAUGGACCAGCAGGACCAGUCCUAUAUGUUUGCAAGUCUGACAUGGCCUCACUCAGAGGAGCUGCUGCAAGGCCUCCAGCUCUUGCGGCAGGAUCACGAACUAUGUGACAUUGUGCUGCGUGUGGGUGAUGCCAAGAUCCAUGCCCACAAAGUAGUGCUGGCCAGCAUCAGUCCUUAUUUCAAGGCCAUGUUUACGGGUAACCUGUCAGAAAAGGAGACCUCUGAGGUGGAGUUCCAGUGCAUUGAUGAAGCUGCCUUGCAGGCUAUAGUGGAGUAUGCUUAUACCGGGACGGUGUUUAUCUCCCAGGAGACAGUGGAAUCUUUGCUACCCGCUGCCAACUUACUCCAGGUUAAGCUUGUACUUAAGGAGUGUUGUUCCUUCUUAGAGAGCCAGCUGGACGCUGGAAACUGUAUAGGCAUUUCCCGCUUUGCAGAGACUUACGGCUGUCAUGACCUGUGCUUGGCCGCAACGAAGUUCAUCUGUGAGAACUUUGAGGAAGUCUGUCAAACGGAGGAGUUUUUUGAACUGACGAGAGCCGAGUUGGAUGAAAUUGUGUCCAAUGAUUGCCUUAAGGUAGUCACAGAGGAGACUGUAUUUUAUGCCCUCGAAUCAUGGAUCAAAUAUGAUGUAACUGAGAGACAGCAGCAUCUGGCUCAACUGCUGCACUGUGUUCGCCUUCCGCUGCUCAGCGUCAAAUUCCUCACUCGCCUAUAUGAAGCCAACCAUCUUAUACGAGAUGACCACGCCUGCAAGCAUCUGCUCAAUGAGGCCCUCAAAUAUCACUUUAUGCCUGAACACCGGCUGUCCUAUCAGACUGUGUUGUCUGCACGACCCAGGUGUGCCCCAAAGGUGCUGCUUGCAGUAGGAGGCAAGGCUGGACUGUUUGCCACAUUGGAAAGCACGGAAAUGUAUUUCCCUCAGACGGAUUCAUGGAUAGGACUGGCCCCUCUCAGUGUACCCAGAUAUGAAUUUGGAGUGGCGGUGCUGGACCACAAAGUUUAUGUUGUGGGAGGCAUCGCCACACAUAUGAGGCAGGGCAUUAGCUAUCGGAGGCACGAGAGCACAGUCGAAAGCUGGGACCCCGAAACCAACACGUGGUCUUCAGUGGAGCGUAUGGCAGAGUGUCGCAGCACUCUCGGUGUAGUGGUCCUGGCCGGAGAGCUGUAUGCCCUGGGAGGCUAUGACGGCCAGUAUUACCUCCAGUCUGUGGAGAAGUAUGUCUCGAAGCUGAAGGAGUGGCAGCCUGUGGCACCCAUGACGAAGUCUCGCAGCUGCUUUGCCACCGCUGUCCUAGAUGGGAUGGUGUAUGCUAUUGGAGGCUAUGGCCCAGCACAUAUGAACAGCGUGGAGCGGUAUGACCCUAGCAAGGAUGCCUGGGAAAUGGUAGCCCCCAUGGCAGAUAAGAGGAUCAACUUCGGAGUAGGUGUGAUGCUUGGAUUUAUAUUUGUGGUGGGUGGACACAACGGAGUGUCGCACCUGUCCAGCAUCGAGCGGUACGAUCCACAUCAAAACCAGUGGACGGCGUGCCGACCAAUGAACGAACCCAGAACUGGUGUGGGCUCUGCCAUUGUGGACAACUACCUCUAUGUGGUAGGAGGUCACUCUGGGUCAUCCUACCUGAACACCGUUCAGCGUUAUGAUCCCAUCUCAGACAGCUGGUUGGACUCCAGUGGCAUGAUGUACUGCCGUUGUAACUUUGGUCUGACUGCCCUUUGACCCAUGGCCCAGCCAGCUAGGACCCAAUAAAUUACCUUAGACACAAAGAA